CAAGAGUUCGAUAGCAAUGGGGAAGAGGAAGAGCUCCACCCGCUCCGUUGGAGGCAAGAAGGGACCGCAACCGCUAGACAAGACGUUCAAGUGCCUCUUCUGUUCCACUCCGAACAGCGUGAGCUGUAAAAUCGACGAGAAGACUCGCAUCGGCUACCUCACCUGCAAGAUUUGUGGUCAGAAUUUCUCUACACCAACCAAUGCUCUUUCGGCACCAAUUGACGUUUACACCGACUGGCUGGAUGCCUGCGAAAGCUUGAACGCUUAG